CAACCCGCGUUGUUUCCGAACCAAUGAAGACGCGGCAGCCCCUGCCCAGGCAGGCUCGGGGCCCGCGUCCCGCAGCGGCAGCCCCGGGGGUCUUUCCAGGUAGAUCCAGGAUCCAGCUUCCAAAAUGUGGCAGCUCUUGGCCCCCCUCUGCUGCCUGCUGGUGCUGACCAGUGCCCGGAGCAGGCCCUCCUUCCACCCCCUGUCAGACGAGCUGGUCAACUAUGUCAACAAACAGAAUACAACGUGGCAGGCCGGACACAACUUCCACAAUGUGGACAUGAGCUACCUGAAGAGGCUGUGUGGCACCUUCCUGGGUGGGCCCAAGCCACCCCAGAGAGUUCUCUUUGCUGAGGACAUGGACCUGCCUGAGAGCUUCGAUGCACGGGAGCAGUGGCCAAACUGUCCAACCAUCAAAGAGAUCAGAGACCAGGGUUCCUGUGGCUCCUGCUGGGCAUUUGGGGCUGUAGAAGCCAUUUCUGACCGGGUCUGCAUCCACACGAAUGGACACAUCAGCGUGGAGGUGUCUGCGGAGGACCUGCUCACCUGCUGUGGCGGCCAGUGUGGAGAGGGCUGCAACGGCGGCUAUCCCUCUGCAGCUUGGAACUUCUGGACAAGAAAAGGCCUGGUUUCCGGUGGCCUGUAUGACUCCCAUGUAGGCUGCAGACCCUACUCCAUCCCUCCUUGUGAGCACCAUGUGAAUGGCUCCCGGCCUGCGUGCACCGGGGAGGGAGACACUCCCAAGUGCAGCAAGACCUGCGAGCCCGGCUACACUCCGACCUACAAAGAGGACAAGCACUACGGAUACAGCUCCUACAGCGUCUCCAGCACGGAGAAGGACAUCAUGGCAGAGAUCUACAAGAAUGGCCCCGUGGAGGGAGCCUUCUCAGUGUAUUCAGACUUCCUGCUGUAUAAGUCAGGAGUGUACCAGCACAUCACUGGAGACAUGAUAGGCGGCCAUGCUAUCCGCAUCCUGGGCUGGGGAGUGGAGAAUGGCAACCCCUACUGGCUGGUGGCCAACUCCUGGAACACUGACUGGGGUGACAAUGGCUUUUUUAAAAUCCUCAGAGGACAGGAUCACUGUGGAAUCGAAUCAGAAAUUGUGGCUGGAAUUCCACGCACUGAGCAGUACUGGGAAAAGAUCUAACUUGCUGUGGGCCCAUUGGGCGUCAUGGAGGAGUUUUUCCCUAAGUGUAGCCAGUUGGACUGGGGAUGAGAUGGGGUAGGAAUGUCUUUUAUUCUUUCAGUUCACAUGAGAUACAGGUUUUAGGCAGGGCCUGAAGGAUUGGCUGGGCCAAACCGUCUACCGUCUUCCAAGGAGAUGCACCCAAGUCCUAGCUACCUUCCAGCCUAUUCUGUGGACUGCUGGCCACAUGCAGCUAGACUAUGUAUGCCACCACUGAGAGCAGUGGGGCUCCUCCCUGCAGACCAGCACUGUAUGUCCUGCCUGCUGCCAGCUCCUGCUGCAACCCCCCACCCCCACCCUCCCUAUCCGUGUGUUUCCAAGGGAGUGGAGAGAGGAGCUGCUAGGAGAACGUGAAUUCCCACCCUUCGGCAGUGCCUCCAGGAGAGCAGCUUUCUAGGCUUGCUACGGGUUCAGAGGAGAGAUGGUGUGGCAGCCUCCAGAAAGAGCCGUGUCCCCCAGGACCUGCAUCUGUCAAGCUUCUCAGUGUUCAAACCCUCUCUGGUCUUGUCCUUGGCAUGAUUCUUUUUAAUAUUAGUUGAUGUUUUGUGCACCUCAGCUGAUCAUGUGAAUGAACAGGUCUAAUCGUUGGACAAGCUUUACUAGUUUACGGGUUCUCUCUCCAUGGUGUGGCUUACAACAAAAUGGAGUGGUCACAAGUGGCCAGCUGACCUACCGACUUCUGCUACCAGAGUGAAACCAGUUUGGGAGAAACCAGCUUUUACUGUUUUUUUAAAAAUCACUGCUUUACCCUGUCAAUUUAACAAGGAAUGACUGUGCCAAUAAAAGGAUUCUCCUUCCAUGUAA